CUUCAUAGUAUAACCAACUCAGCAUACACUCAUCCAUUCUAAGCAAAAGUGCUUUUAUGAUUCCUUUGUUGUGGGGCUACAUGUGUGAAAGCUUUUCCAGAAUUAUAUGCAAUUGCAAAACAAUAGUCUUCGUCAAAUGACCAUUAUUAUAGAUAGAUUCUACAGAUUAUGCUACGUAAAUAGUCUUCAACUACUUCUCCACUAUAUCAAUACACCAUUCCUCCAACCCCUUGUGAGAGUUCAUAGUUAUCAUCCUUUUUGUAUGAUUUUCUUGAUUCUCUCUUGUUUCUUGAUGCUUUUGUGUGAGUUUGAAUUGAGAUUUAUUUCACUGAAAUAGUUGAAAUUUUUGCUGAUACUUUUGUUUCUUUGAUACCGAUACCUUUUAUCUGAUCAAAACCCUUGAAUUCUUCAUGGGGUUUUGGGUUUGAUUGGAAUUUCAGAAUUUUGAGUUUCUGGGUUGGUUUAGAAUGGAGCCACUGGAUAGGAAUCAAAGAAAUGGAGAGGGUUUAAAUUUGAGGGAUAGGAUUGGGAUGGAUCCAUUAAGUAGGAAUCAAGGAAAUGGGGAGGGUUUUAAUUUGAAUGAGGAGAUAAGGAUGGAGCCAUUGAGAAGGAAUCAAAGAAAUGGGGAGGUUUUGAAUUUGGGUGAGGGGAUUGGGAUGGAGCUACGGAGUAGGAAUCAAAGAAAUGGGGAGGUUUUGAAUUUGAGUCAGGGGAUUAGGAUGGAGCCAUGGAGUAUGAAUCAAAGAAAUGGGGAGGGUUUGAAUUUGAGCGAGGGGAUUGGGAUGGAUCCAUGGAGUAGGAAUUUGAGUGAUGGGACUGGGAUGGAGCCAUGGAGUAUGAAUCAAAUAAAUGGGGAGGGUUUGAAGUUGAUCGAGGGGAUUCGGAUGGAGCCAUGGAAUAUGAAUCAAAGGAAUGGGGCGGGUUUGAAUUUGAGUGAGGGGAUUGGGGUGGAGCCAUGGAGUAGGAAUCAAAGAAAUGGGGAGGGUUUGAAUUUGAAUGAGUGGAUUGGGAUGGAGCCAUGGAGUAUGAGUCAAAGAAAUGGGGAGGGUUUGAAUUUGAGUAAUGGGAUUGGCAUGGAGCCAUGGAGUAUGAAUCAAAGAAAUGGGGAGGGUUUGAAUUUGAGCGAGGGGAUUGGGAUAGAGCCGUGGAGUAUGAAUCAAAGAAAUGGGGCGGAUUUGAAUUUGAGUGAGGGGAUUGGGAUGGAGCCAUGGCGUAGGAAUCAAAGAAAUGGGGAGGGUUUGAAUUUGAGUGAGGGGAUUGAAAUAGAGCCAUGGAGUAUGAAUCAAAGAAAUGGGGAGGGUUUGAAUUUGAGUGAGGGGAUUGAAAUAGAGCCAUGGAGUAUGAAUCAAAGAAAUGGGGAGGGUUUGAAUUUGAGUGGGGGGAUUGGGAUGGAGUCAUGUAGUAUGAAUCAAAGAAAUGGGGAGGAUUUGAAUUUGAGUGAGGGGAUUGGUAUAGAGUCAUGGAGUAUGAAUCAAAGAAAUGGGGAGGGUUUGAAUUUGAGUGAGGGGAUUGAAAUAGAGCCAUGGAGUAUGAAUCAAAGAAAUGGGGAGGGUUUGAAUUUGAGUGAGGGGAUUGGGAUGAAGAGGGUUAGUGAGGGAGUGGAAGAUGACUCAGUGGUUAAAAAAGUUAGGUUUUAUGAUGAAAUAUUUGGUUCUCACAAAUAUACUGAUGAGAAUGUUGCUUUAGAAAAGGUUAAGGAUGAGCAUCUAAAGAAUAAAAGUCAAGUCAUGGUUUUUGAAAAACUUGAUAAAAGUAUUGGGCAUGUAGGUAAAAUGGACAUUUUAAAAGGGGGAGGGAUCAAGAAUGAUGCAGUGGGUGCCAGAGAAUUCAUUGUUGGGUGUCAAGAAGGUGGACUUUUAAGGGUACCAGAAGAGUGUCACAAUACUAUUCAAAUGUCAAAUUGGAACUUAGGGAAUGCUAAUGGGGGCAGUGAACUGGGUUUUGAUUUUAAUAUUCCAGUUCUGGAAGCAGCCGAUGGAAGUACUUUAGUUGGUGUGAUGAAGUAUACUCAGAGGACUGUUGAAUUAAAUGAAAUUAGGUCUGGUGUGAGUGAUCGCUGGGAAGAAAGAGUGAACAAGGGAAAGAUGGAGAAAAUUGAGGAAAUAAUACCUUAUGUCUCCCGAAAUUGCAAUCUUGAGUUGGGAGUGAUGAACAAAGACCAGGAUAUUGGUGGAAGUAGUCCAUUGGGCGGUGAGGAGAGAUACACCAGAGAAGAAAAGGGAAAGGCUAAGGUUGACAACUCUUGGUUAGCACUUACAACUUUGCCAAUGGAGUUGGACUUGCAACACAGCAAGCAGCAGCACGAGGCUAUUUCAACAGUGCCACAGCUAGGAUCCAUCCAGCGUAUACAAAGUGUUGAUGUGUUACCAAUUGAAAAUGUUGAACUUAGAAAAAAUUUGAAUGCUGAGCAUGCAUUAAGACAAAAAAAUGCAUUAAGGGAAAGAGCUAUUCACUUUGCACGCUAUGAUGCUCCCCGUGAAGGCUCUUCUAGUCAGGAAACAAAAUUGCCAACUUUGGAAACUAUUAAAGAUCUAGGGAACAACCCCAAUCUCGCUUCUACUGCAUUGAAGGGGAUUAGGGAGCGUAUACCUAAACUAAAGGAUGAGAAAGUGGUUAGAUGGGAAGCAUCUCAACAUCCUGAAAAUAAAGAGUUUUCUUGUGUGUUUCCUUCACUGCUAGAUCUUUCCUUGAAAACCCUUGCAGAAAAUGCUGAAGCAAUAGUUUCUCUCAAAGGUAUCCCUGAUAUCUUGAGGGGAAGAUUGACUGAAAUACUCUGCAAUUCUAGGAAAAUGAGUACUCAUAUGUUGGACCUUCUUGUUCAAGGAUCACCAACUCAAAUUCGCAUAAAGGACUGUUCAUGGUUAACAGAAGAACAGUUUUGCAACUCAUUUAGAGACUUUGAUAGAAGAAACUUGAUGGUGCUACAACUAGAUCUAUGCGGACAACCCACACUUGAUCAUGUGUUGGGUACAACCAUUGCUACGGCUUCAAAUAGCUUACCUAAUUUAGCCAUCUUGUCACUGAGGGGUGCUUGUCGGAUGUCUGAUAGAGCUCUGGAAAUACUUGUUACAUCAGCACCUUCUCUACAAUCCAUUGAUUUGAGUCAGUGCUCCCUUUUGACCCACGCUAGUAUUGGUAUCAUAGCCAACUCAUUGGGAUCAAUUCUCAAGGAGCUCUGUAUAGAUGAUUGCCAGAGCAUAGAUGCAAUACAUAUAUUACCUUCACUGGAGAAGAUGGAGCAUUUGGAACUGUUGUCGGUAGCUGGAAUUCAUAGUGUAUGUGAUCAGUUUGUAAGCGAGUUACUUACAGCACGUGGUCAAAAUAUAAAAGAGCUUGAUAUUUCCCGCUGCCCGAAUCUGACUGAUCAAUCCCUGAAGUUUAUUGGAGAUGCAUGUGCUAACUUGGAUUCAUUAAAUAUUUCAAAGUUGAAUGAAGUGACAGAUGUUGGACUGCAGUUUCUCGCGAAUGGUUGUCGAUCAAUCCGGAAACUCAUAUUUUGCCGUAAUAAUUUCAGUGAUGAAGGGAUUGCUGCAUUUUUGGAAGCUUCUGGAGCAUGUUUGGAGGAACUUUCACUGAAUAAUUGCUCUAAGGUUAGCACUAGCACUGCCUUGUCACUAGCCAAACUUUCAAGAAAGUUACUGCAUUUGGACCUAUCAUGGUGUCGCAGAAUAAGUGACAACGAGCUAGGGCUGAUUGUAGACAGCUGCUUGUCGCUCAAGCUACUCAAACUCUUUGGCUGUUCACAGAUAACAGAUGUAUUCAAAAAUGGCCACUCAAACACUGUAGUGCAGAUCAUUGGAUUGGGUAUGACCCAGAUAUUUGAUAUUAGCAAGUUUGAUGGCGUGGAAGCUCUGUUGAAAUAUUCACCAGCAGUGAUGUCUUCUAAUUCAUGAAGGACACUUGACAUGAUGAUUGACGAUGCAUCUAAAGAUUCCUCAAUGCACAGCAUUGCACCUAUUGGAACAAAUAGAAAUUGUCUUUUUUAGUUGUAAUCUUUUCUUUGGAACAGCCUGUUCUUCCUUACUUUACAGGUCAUACAUGAUCACUAGACUACAAAUGGCUGCCAAAAUCUGGCUAAAUAGGCUUAAAGCAAUACAUCUCUUGUCCUCGAUGUUAUAGCUUGUUUCUUUCUGACAAUAGAUUACAUCGAGUUGAUUAAUAUGAAAGUUAUCACCUUAUUGCUAAA